AUGAAAGUUAGAUUAAUUCAUAUUUCACAACUAGUAUUUGAUGUUAAUGCAAUUCUUUCUGGUGAAAUUUGGAGAUUAGUCACACCAUUUUUAGUGUGUUCAGAUAGGUUUAGUGUUUGGUUUUUGUUUGAGAUUUUGUUUCUCUCUCAGACAUUAUCUCAAAUUGAACAAACUUAUAGAAAUUAUUUCCCUGGACAAUUACCUUUAUUAUUCAGUUCAUUUUCUCAAUUUACACUUUAUCUCUGGUCAAAACAAAAUAGAGAACAAAGAGUCCUAGUAUUCUUCUUAUUUGCUAUGCCUCUUGUAUAUUUACCUUGGAUCUCUCUAUUGCUUCACGCUUCAUUUAUGACUGAACUUGUUAAUAACGUUUAUGGUAUUUGUGUUGGUCACAUUAUUUAUUGGUUAGAAACAGUAUUCCCAAUGUACUAUAAAUGGAAACCAUUAGAACCACCAAAAUUCUUGUGUGACCUUUUCAUCUCUCCCGUUCAUCUAGAAGAAGAACAAAACCGUGACAUUGAACUCAAUGAAGAAAAUCAAACGGAAGAUCAACAAGUUAAUGAAAAUGAUGAGUAA